AUGUCCUCUCAAAUCCACGGAUCCCUUGUCUUACCGGCCAUCUCACCUCUAUUAUCAGAUGAACAAAUAACGCCUGGAAGUAAUGGCUAUAUAGAUGCAGACCACAGAAUCAAAUCAGAAUUGAAUUGGUCUCAACUUGUCCAUGCAGAAAUCAUCGCUGUAACAACAGCUAUGCGUAAGAAUGCACGAUGGUCUGGGAUGACAGUCAGUGGAUUGAACAUGGGCGAUCUUGGACAGCGCAUGGGAUUACGUACCCCUAGAUUCACAAAAGAGAAUCAUCCACAGAAUGAAGAAAAUCCACUUAUGCUGGGAUUCAAGAGAUUAAAAGAAGCCAUCGAGAAAUUUGAUGAUGUUAGAGAUAUGGAUACAUUGACGCUUGUGACACCGUUCCUUGAUGUAGUUCGAUCAGGAAAUACUACUGGAUCAAUUGCUGGCACAGCUCUUGGAAGCAUAGAGAAAUUUUUACAUUAUGGAAUUAUUGGCUUGCAGUCUCCUAAUAUCGGCACCGCAAUGAAUGCACUAGCAAAAGCUGCUACUCGAUGCAAAUUUGAAGCUUCGGAUGCUGCUUCAGACGAACUGGUGCUUUUAAGGAUGCUUCAAUUGCUUCAGAUGAUACUGACAAGUGAAUGUGGACAAGUAUUGAGUGACGAGGCAGUAUGUGAAAUGAUGGAGACUGGUCUUAAAAUGUUGCGAAGAUCUGCUGAGCAUGUCAUGAUUAAUAUUAUAGUAGCAAUGUUUGAAAGAUUAAAGGUACUAGAGGAUGAAUGGCAGUUUGUAGACUUGCAAAGCGAAACAAACGACGACGAAAAAGAAGUAUCCUCAAAUGCUCCCCACAUGAAGACACCACGACCAACCCUCUCACCUGUAUCUAAAUCUGAAGAUGAUGAAAAAGUUAAAGAAGAGUCAGGUACAGAAUCUUCAGAUACUGAACAAAUCUUAUCUGAAAAAACCGAGGAAAAUGAAUCAUCAACAGAAACACCUCAGGAUACACCAACAACAACAGCAACGGCAACAGUAGAAGUGUCUGAAAAGGCAAAAGAUGAAGAUGAAAAUCUAGAAGCGCAAAAAUCAAGAGCUUAUGGACUUCCAUCUAUCCGAGAAUUACUUCGCGUAUUGAUCUCCUUACUCAACCCACACGAACACACACACACUGAUUCUAUGCGAAUGAUGGCGCUAAGUAUCUUAAAUGUUGCCUUUGAAGUUGGAGGCAGAAGUAUAAGCCGUUUUGAAACCUUACGAAGCCUUGUAAUGGACGAUUUUUGCAAAUACCUCUUCCAACUUGCAAAGACAAACUCUAUACAACUUCUUGCCUCUACAUUGCGUGUUAUAUCGACUGUUUUUGAUACUAUGAGACCCCACCUCAAGCUUCAACACGAACUCUUCUUGUUUUUCCUUAUUGAACGCCUGUCACCACCACCUGGUGCCGGAACUAGAACCAUAGUAGCUGAUGUAGAUGACGACGGAAAUGUUGGGUUUAUUCCGGUUAGCAGAGAGCAUUCUUUGGAAACACGUGGGCCAGGCCAUGUUGAAAUCCGCAGUGCAUCACCAAACAUGUUCUUGGGAAGAACUAAUGAUUAUCCAAAGCCUGCCAAAGGAUACCAGCCAGAUGCCAUGGCUAUAUCGGGCGAGGUCCGUGAACUCUUACUUGAGUGUCUUGUUCAAUGCUCAAGAACAUCGACUUUCUUGAUUGAUAUUUGGUACAAUUACGAUUGUGACAUAUCGUGUGGAGAUUUAUUUGAAGAGCUUAUACAGUUCUUGAGCAAGAAUUCUUUCCCAGAUUUACAAAACUAUUCACUGACUAGUUUCCACGUCAAUUGCUUUGAUACGCUUUUAAGCUUUAUAAAACAAAUGGUGAAGCGGUCCGAGGAUGAGGCAUAUGCCGAUGUUGAAGAAGAUAAUGAUCUUGUACCUGUAGAUGAACUCCUAAGACGAAAAGCAAGAAAGAAAAUCAUCUUAAAUGGUGCUGCAUUAUUUAACGAGAGUCCUAAAAAAGGAAUUCAAUAUCUCACAGAAAAUGGGAUAAUUGAAGCUGACAAGGAAAACGACACCAAGGAAAGCUUGGCUUACUUUUUGAGAUCCACGCAGCAGUUGAACAAGAAGAGCCUAGGAGAGUAUCUCGGAAAACCCGAGAACUUUGAGCUACUCCAAGUGUUUAUGCGCCAAUUUGAUUUCAAGGGAAAACGUAUGGAUGAGGCGCUUCGAAUUGUGCUCGAGACAUUCAGACUCCCUGGAGAAUCCCAACAGAUCAUGAGAGUUGCAGACACAUUUGCAGAUGUAUUCUUUGAACAAAAGCCUUCAGAAAUUGCAGACUCCUUGGCGGCCCAGAUUCUUGCCUAUUCAAUUAUUAUGCUCAAUACUGAUCAACACAAUCCUCAAGUCCGAGGACGAAUGACGCUGCAAGACUAUAUGCGAAAUGUACGAGGAGUGAAUGCAGGUCAAGACUUUUCUAAAGAAUAUCUGAAAGACAUUUAUGAAGCGAUUCGUCAAGAUGAGAUUGUCAUGCCAGAAGAGCAUGAGGGUCGCUUAGGAUUCAACUAUGCCUGGAAACAGCUUUUACAUAGAGCAAAUUCUGCAGCCCCGUUCACAUCUUGUGAUACACCUGCUUAUGACAAGGCUAUGUUUGAGCAAACAUGGAAGCCUAUUGUUGCAUCCAUCUCAUACGCUUUCAGUACUGCACAAGAUGACACAACUCUCGAAAAGGCCAUCGAAGGCUUUUAUCAUUGCUCUUUGCUUGCUUCAAAGUUCGGGUUGCAUAAUGUUGUUGACAGCAUUAUUUCAAACCUUGCAAUGAUGUCAGGACUCUUGACAAAGGCAAACAGCGAUAGUUCCUUACCUGACCCGAUUGUUGAAGUUGCUGGUCAGAAAUAUGUCAUUAGCCGCCUGGCUGUUAGAUUGGGUCACAAUUAUAGAAAUCAAUUGGCUGCUGUUACAAUGUUUACCAUUAUUAAUAAACACAGUAACUCUUUGAGAUCAUCCUGGACAAAGGUCCUACAAAUCAUUCGCAAUCUUUUUGUUAAUUCAAUGUUGCCGGAUUCCAUGAUUCACUUUGAGGACUUUUUGGCUGGCUCAAUCAGUAUUCCUUUGAAACCUAAAAGUCCAGUCCCAUCCAAACAAAAUAACCGAAGAGAUGGGUCGCUUUUGUCGACACUUUCAUCAUACCUUCUGUCGCCUUACUCUAACGAUGAGUCUUACAGAGCUGAUCCAACAGAAGAAGAGAUUGAGUGUGCAAUGUCUGCUGUCAUUUGUGUGUCAGCUUUUAAUUUAGAGAAGAUUCUCGCAGACAUCAGUGUUUUGGAAACAGAGCCAUUGAUAUGCUUUAUGAAAGCUAUCGGAACAGUAGGAUAUGACAGCAAAUCAAUCGAAAGCACUACAACAACUAUUCCCUAUGACCCUACGACAAUCUUGUUCCUCCAAUUUAUGGUUACUAUCGCAGACAGAAACAUUAACCGAAUUGAUAUUUUGUGGCCAUAUGCUACCGGAUACGCAUUUGGAAUUCUGAAUCACGCUGAAAGACAAAGCGUAUUGGUUGUAGAGCGGACAGUGGUUGGACUUUUGAGACUCUGUAUUCAGAAUGCUGCCAGUGAUAAUACACAAGAUGAAAUUCUCAAGUGCUUAAAUCUUUUGAGAGAUUUCCCACCAACUGUAAUGCAAGCAGUAGCAGAGCAAAUGAUGGCAGGAAUAUACAACUUAUCUUCUGCAAAUUCUGAAAAUCUAAACAAUUCUGAUUUCUUGAAUACAAUUCUUGAAAUCAAGCAAAAGGUUGCAAGUGCAAUGUAG